CUGUAUUGUAAAGGGUACUGUGAAUCCUAGAGGAGGAGGGGGGGGUUGAUUCGCCAAAAAUUCUCCCGCUUGGGUACACAUCCGGAGUCUCGACGAUCAUAAUUUAUCGCACCUUUUACCUUUUUAGAGACCGAGUUUUAUUGUUUUUAUUAAUUUAUUCUAUUUCUCUUAGUUUAUGGUUUACGUUAACACUCCGGGAGGGCAGAAAUGGCGGCCAACAUGUACCGGGUCGGAGAUUACGUAUUCUUUGAGAACUCCUCCAGUAACCCUUACCUGAUCCGGCGGAUAGAAGAACUCAACAAGACGGCAAGUGGAAAUGUGGAGGCCAAGGUGGUUUGUUUCUACAGAAGGAGAGACAUCUCCCACAGCCUCAUCCAGCUCGCAGACAAACAUGCAAAGGAGUUGGAAGAAGAGAAGGAGAGCCCCAUAGAGACAGAGCUAUCAGAAAAACAGAAACACCAGCUACGCCACAGAGAGCUCUUUCUCUCCCGGCAGUACGAAAGUCUACCUGCGACACACAUCAGGGGGAAGUGCAGCGUCGCAUUAUUGAAUGAGACUGAAGCCGUUCUUUCAUACCUUGACAAAGAGGACACAUUCUUCUACUCGCUGGUGUACGACCCAACACAGAAAACCCUGCUGGCCGACAAAGGAGAAAUAAGAGUGGGACCGCGCUUUCAGGCAGACGUACCUGAAAUGCUACAAGAGGGGGAGGCAGAUGACCGGGACCAGUCCAAGCUGGAAGAGAAGCUGUGGUAUCCAGAGUGUCCGCUCACCAGCAAACAGAUAGACCAAUUCCUAGUAGUAGCACGGGCGGUUGGGACCUUUGCUCGAGCGUUAGACUGCAGCAGUUCAGUUCGACAGCCAAGCUUACACAUGAGUGCGGCUGCAGCGUCACGAGAUAUCACACUGUUCCAUGCGAUGGACACGCUGCAUCGUCAUAAUUACGACCUCUCCAGUGCACUGAGUGUACUGGUCCCAGCUGGCGGCCCGGUGCUCUGCAGGGAUGAGAUGGAGGAGUGGAGCGCCUCGGAAGCCGCCAUGUUCGAAGAGGCGCUAGAGAAAUACGGAAAAGACUUCAACGACAUCCGACAAGACUUUCUGCCAUGGAAGUCUCUGACUAGUAUCAUAGAGUACUACUACAUGUGGAAGACCACAGACAGAUAUGUGCAACAGAAGAGACUGAAGGCAGCAGAGGCAGAGAGCAAACUGAAGCAGGUUUAUAUCCCCACAUAUAACAAGCCCAACCCCAACCAGAUCUCAAUGACCAAUGGCAAGAUGGCGACAGUGAAUGGAGCGGGCCCCGGAGCUUUCCAUGUAGCAGGCGGGGGCAGAGCCUGCGAGAGCUGCUAUACCAUACAGUCGGCCCAGUGGUACUCGUGGGGGCCUCCGAACAUGCAGUGCCGCCUUUGCGUUUCCUGCUGGAUGUACUGGAAGAAGUACGGAGGCCUGAAGAUGCCGAGCAGAGCAGAGGGCCCUGAGGAGAGGACCUCCCCCAGUCCAGCACCUACUGAGCCUCGCUCACGGGGUCACGCUCCUCGCCAGUCCAACCACAUGGUGCCGAUGCGAAACAGUGGCAGCCCCAAGUCCUCCAUGAAGACCAAGCAGGCUUUCCUGCUGCAGGCCACCCGCCUCACCAAGCUGGCCCGGCACAUGUGCCGCGACGUCAUCAGGCUGCGCCGUGCUGCGCGCCGGCCCUUUGUCCCCAUUAACUGUGGGGCCAUAAAGGCAGAGUACAUGUUAAGGGCCUCGGAAGGGCAGGGGAAUCGCCUACCCAAAACCAGAGCCCCCCAAAGGAGCACUCUGACCAGUGUUGUGCAGUUUCUAGAGUCCCGUCCAGCAGCCCACGCCCCUCGCUCCCACCGCACCCCGGGCCUGCAGACACCUCCCCCUCGACGCCUCCUCUCCUCUCUCCCACACGGCCCCCAUGGCAUGCUGGGAAAACGCAGCUACCAUCAUCACAGCAGGGCUGACCCGGACAGGCGCUCAGAUAACCCUGGAACCACAGGUGGACCCCUCCUGCACAACGGUCGCAGCAGCAGCAGUGGUAACUCCCGAGGUGGAGUGAUGAACCGCAAGAGACGCCCCAACUGGAUCGAUGCCCCUGAUGACAGCUUCUUCCUUGUUACCCGGGACACCAGGAGGGCCAGGCGGCUGCUAUCCCGCACCCAGCUGAGGCAUGCUUGUCGGCAGCCAUGCGAGCAGAUCACCCUGCGCAGGGUCACCCAGGGCCUUCCACAGGGGCUUGUCCUCGCCCCUCCUCACCCUCACCCCAGCCUGAGGAUGCGCGGCCCCAUCGUCAUCCACGACUGACUCAACACGGACUCUCUGACACCCCUGCUGCAUACACACUAACAAAUUCUCGCCUCCUAUUCUUUCAUUAAAUUCCUUUAAAAUGGCGUUAUAAUCCUGAACACUUAAACAAGCUGGCAACAGAAGGAUGUCAUGAGCCGUGAUGCAAUAGAAACAUACACCUGACCUGACUGAAAGUGCCGCCUGAAUUUAAUCCUGGGAAUGUGUUUGUAUGUGUAAAUACUGUAUUUGGGUGCAUGCAAGUGUGUGUGCGCGUGUGUGUGAGUGUGUGCGUGCGUGUGUGUGUGUGUGUGUGUGUGUGUGUGUGCGUGUGCGUGUGUGUGUGUCUGUGUCUGUGUGUGUGUCAUGCCAGCAACACGCGAGAGAGGAUGUUGACGUGUACUUAGUUUUUAUGGAUUGACAUAACGACAGAACUUUGUGUGACUUUUUUUGUGUUGAUGGUGAAUUGUUGUGAAGUUUUAUCAGUUUGUAUAAAGUUAUUUCGG